GGGGAAGCUUUUAAUCAGCAGGAACAGUGAAUAGUCAGAGUUAAUGGGACAACAGAUGAAGCUAAAUACAAGGCAAUCCUGAAAGAAAACCUGUUGGAGGCUUAGAAAGAUUUGAGACUGGGGCAGAUGUUCACCUCGCAGCAGGCGAAUGGCCAUAAAGUUACAGCUGGAGAUAGAAUAGAAUGGCUUGGAUCAAAACAUAUUCAUCUGUCCGAAAGUCCAGACCAAACUCAAAACGAGAAACGUAUGGAAGGCUGACAUAAAAUAUGUGUAGGAACUCUGAUUCACUGUUAAAUACACAGGUCUGUAAUAAGUCCAAGGCUUUUAUUUUUUAAAACUCAUGACCGGAAAUUGUUAAAACAGUACCCCAUUGAAACCAUAAACCAGCUGUCAAUGAUUUAUAAAACAAUAAAUAAAAAAGGCUGAAGCAUUUCGAGUUCAUCGACUGUUUAUAACUAGAGACGUCAUCUAUCAGUUCAAAAAACAUAUAGGCUAUAGUAAAAAAUCAGCCAGACAUGAAGGUACUAAACAAAGACGAGCUUCAGAUAGCUGAGGGAGUUUUGCUAAAACACUUCCCGAGGAGCUUUAAGGUCUACGGUUUCCUCUACGGUGUUAACAGGAACAAGUCGAGCACUUUGGAGGUUGUUGUUGAUUCAUGGCCAGAGUUUAAAGUGAUCCUUCUGCGUAAGGAUCCCAAGAAAAAGCAUCCCCAGGAUUUCAUGAAAAAGGUGUCCUUCUACAGCACAGAUGAAGAAGUUUUAAGGAAAGUGCUGAGAGAAGAAGUUGACUGGAGCACCUAUUUCAUAAUUGGAGGGUUUGAUAUUUCCCAUGCAGAAACACUCAAAGCAGUUUCUUCUGAAAAAAAAGUGAAAAACAGAGACCUUACGUUGGUGCACCUACUGUAUCUUCCAGACAUCAGCCAUCUGCUCUCACCAGAUGUUGACAGUCAACUCGAAUCAAGGAUUUCAUCUCUUAACUUCUCCCACGUUGACAUAGUGAAUAAAACAUGGAAGUUUGGCGGGGACGAGAAGGGUUACAGGAACAUUAAAAACCUGAUUAGCAACUUACCAACAUGCUGUAUCAUGGACACUCAGGGUGAGCCAGUAGCCUGGAUCCUGGUGUAUGAUUACUGCGCUAUGGGAAUAUUGUACACGCUUCCAGAGCACAGAGGGAAAGGUUAUGCUAAGGUUUUGAUCAGCAACAUGACCAAGAAGCUCCAUGCAGAGGGCUACCCAGUUUACUGCUUCAUAGAGGAAGACAACAUGGUAUCCUACAAACUCUUCCAAAAUAUGGGUUUCACUGAGGAUGCUUCCUACAGAGCAGCAUGGUUUGAGUUUAACUUCUGAUCUUGGAAAUGACUGUGAAGCUGCAGCUUUUGACUAAUUUCUGUCAAAAUGUUGCUAAUAUUGAAGUGUUUUUUAUCACUAAUUGCUAAAAAAUUAUCAUUGUCAUUGUUGAUUUGUGCUGUAUUAUUCAAUUAUGCACUGAAAGAUUGAUUUCAAUUUGCGCCAAAUUAAAUAUAUUUUACAUUUAAGCCUGGAACAUAACAGUCACUGACACUUUUAUUGCAACUAUAAUAUGUUUUCAUUCUAAGUCCACCCCAUGCAUGAAUGCAAAGAAUGACACGCUUCUCAAUGGUCACCAUUCAGGCAUAUCCUUGUGUAUUCCUGUGCAAACUUCAGUAAGCAUCCAACAAGAACUUAAUUCUGAUCCAACACCUAUUUUUAUUUUUUUGUAAUUUUCAAAAAUAAACAUUUAGAUGAUUUAAAAA